GGUGGGAGAAAGCGGACCACUUUUUCAUCGGCCGGGAAAAGAGGGGGGAGGAAGCGGACCACGUUUUCGUCAACCGGGAAUAGCGGCGGGAGAGACCAUGGCGGGGAUCGCAAAAAGGAUUGCCCGUUUACAGGAACUGGGGUUAUCGGAGGGUGGGCGCCCGUUGUAUCUUCCCGGCGAAGUCGAGCAACAGUUGUUUGAUAGUGUAGACUUUGAAUUGGAGGAUCGGAAAGGAUCGGAGAACGAUGGAAGCACUCUGAAGGGGGGGCUUCUGUACCUGACAACUCAUCGGAUUAUUUGGGUAGGGUCCUCGGAGGGCGGAAGGGCAAACCAGGUGCCCUCGUUUUCUUCGCCUUCGACUUCGUCGUCCCCAUUUUCAGGUGCAGUGGGUAAUUACGGAAGGAGCACUCACGUAGGUAGCAGUGGCAGUGGCAGUGGCAGCGGCAGCGGCAGCGGCGGCUAUGGAGGCAGGAAUCGAGCCUUCGCUAUCCCCUUAUCUUCCGUCGAAGAUAUCAACACGUUUAAGAGGAGCAUUAUGGGCACGCCACGUGUACGAAUACGGUUAUCAGUCGGGGCAGAUGACCAUUUUAUACCCUUUGACCGUGCAAUUGAUGGCCAUGAAGUCGAUGUCGUGGCUGUGUUUCGCGCCAAGCCGGGAUAUGAUCGCUUCAUCUCCAAAGCAGCGGAGGUGCUGCGCGCCAAGUCAUGGAACGUCGCUUCUCAAUCGUCUCAGGCAAAGCCCUUGGGCCCCAUUUCUGGGGGAACCGUAGUUCCGGAGGCGGGACCGGAACAAAGCAACCAUCAGCCCGCGGAGACCCCGAUUACAGUCUACAGACGGUCAGAUCCUUCUCUGGCUGGAGUUGGGGGGCUUCUGAGGAAGGAGGAAAAUAUGCUGAAGGAGACAGAUAGAAAUCUGCAGGAGGCGUUUACCGAUCUCAAUGCCUUGAUGGCUAAAGCAAAGGAGAUGGUUGCUAUAGCACAAAUGAUGCGCGUAAAACUGCGUUCCGGAGAUACAGGUGACGAGCCUGGUUCCCGACAGGAAAUGGAGGAUUGGCUGCUCAGCUUUGGUAUAGUCUCCCCUGUAACGAGGGAAACAGCAGGCGCGCUGUACCACCAACAGCUUGCAAGGCAGCUAGCGGACUUCGUGCGGGUACCAUUGGAAAGAGCAGGAGGGAUGCUGUCCCUCGUGGACACAUACUGCAUGUUUAACCGAGCAAGAGGAACUGAGCUCAUUUCUCCACAGGACCUUGUUCAAGCCUGCCAAAUCUGGGAGAACAUUGAUGUGCCGACGAGGAUUCGGAGAUUUGAUAGUGGCGUUAUUGUGAUUCAGCCCAAGUCACACAGUGAUGAAAAGAUUUUCGCCCAACUGCUGGAGCUGGUCACAACACCGGAGGGAAAGAAGAAUGGAUUGAGUGCUAGUGAGGCUGCACGGGCUUUGAAGGGGCUCACACCAAUUGUUGCUAAGGAGGAACUCCUUGCAGCAGAGCAGAAAGGAUUGCUGUGCCGGGAUGAUAGCGUGGAUGGGCUACGCUUCCACUAUAACUUCUUUAAAGAAGUCCAUUAAGUUGCUGGUGCCACGAGUUUUGUCUUUGUAGUAAAACCCACUGCUAAGCAGCCCAAUCAGCACCUUGUGGCAAAAGCAUUUCCAGUGUAUUUCAUUGCUCGUCUCCUUUCACCCCACAUGAUGGGCAAUAUAGACAUGUCCCAGAAUCCAAUAUGUAUCCUGCUGGCUAUCUUUCCAGCUGUGCGGCGCUGCAACGUCCCCUCGCCACCCUCCCUUACUCCUGUCCUUACUCCCUUAUUGCUUUUAUUGUCACUUGGAGACUCGCGCGUCUCAAUCCAGUUCUAUACACCAUCACCUCCCUGGAGUCUCCUCUCCUUGAGGAUCUCUCCAUGCAGACGUGUGAAGUUGUAUGAUGCUGCUCUAUUGUCUCGGCUUUGACAUUCACAAAGUUUAGUGGAGACUCGAAGGUGUAUUAAAACGCCGUAAUGGGAAGAAUGAUAGCCAAUGAGCAUCUAAUGGAAGGGUUGGAGAUGCAUGGGGAGAAUGAAGCAAGCUUAACACAACGUGAUAGCCUUCGUUUGUACCCGCGCAUGUUCGUGGCGCAGAAGAGUUAAGGAAGGGGGAACAGAUCGGACUCCUUUGUGGAGUGGACUCCAUGGUGCUGUUUGUGAUCUCAGCCUUGAGGUUCUGUAUUCUUUUGAGAGCAUUUUUUUGAUGCUUUCUUCCAUGAUUUCUUUUAAACUAUCCUUGACUCUAUCCCCGCCAUUAUGGUUGCUCCUAUGGUCAUAAAGUCAUGGUGCCAUAAUAUGACAUCACUCCGUCUGUCAGGUGUAUUUUGAUGGGUUCCCUUGCACUUCCGUUAAUACAGACACAAAAAAGAAAAGGCAGAAUAGCAAACCCUUUGUUCUUAUGUUCAGUAAUUGGGGAACUACAGCACCUGCACAUCCUUUCAAUAUCACCUCAUCUAUAAACUGACGAGAGAACUUUACGAGGGAACCCUGCCCCUCCUCGCCCAUGCCAAAAUAACAAAAGCAGCUUUGUCUU